AAAGAAUGGAUUCCCCCAAAGCCUUUAUUUGACCAUGGAUUAUGUAUUUAUUUGUCUGUUUACAUAAUGAAAGCACAGAGACGCUGCUUAAGGCCGGGUUACGUUUGAAGACCAGGAGUCGCCUUUGUUUGGUGUUUUGUGGUCUGCGACUCUUCUUCUUUCAUUGUAUUCUUAAUGCUGAGGGUCCAGAGGGUUGAGAUGUAUUUUCCAAAAUGGGAGGGUUGGUUUCAGAAGCUUUAAUUACAACAUUCCUCUGAGUCAUAGGCAAAUGUAAACACGGAUGUCAGUCAUUUCCCAUUUCUGUCCCUCUGAGGAGCUGACCGAUGGCAGAUGUGACAGCGGUGGAUUAUGAUGCGAACUUUCAGCGCUGAAAACAUGUGGAACGGUGUAUUUUGGCCUGUUUCAAUCCUAUUGUGGAUGUGGAUACGAGAGGCUGGAUGUGUCACACAAGAAAAUCAACCAGAAGAGGUGGAGAUUUUUCACUCUAAGAACCAGGCCAUACAGGGAUGGACGUCAGAGCCACCUAGAAAUUGGGACGUGGUUCCUUUGCCAUUCGGUCCAGAAGGUAGUGUGAAGGUCUUCCAAGCUUGUACCGGCAGUGGAAGAAGGACCUUCUUAAGUCCAUGGAUGGAGCGUAAAGAUGCCCACAAUCUACUGCUGGAUGUCACUUUUGGCCAAGAGGAGGAGCCAUCCGGUCAGCCCCUCCCCCUACAAGUCCACCUGUAUGACUCGGACAGACCCACUACUAGAUUCAGGAACACCCGGAAAGUGUUGGACCUCCAGACCCCGACGUUGUUUCCAGCCACGGCCCCUCAUAAUCAGAUGUCCAGGUACUUGAACGUCAGCAGGGCUCUGGACCUGGGUGCCGUCACACACACAGGCUUCCAGCUGGGCUUCUCCUACUCCAGCAGGUGUGUGUUGGUCAAGUCCAUCAGACUGUACUACAGGAGGUGUCCGGACAUGGUGGCCAACCUGACCUCCUUCAUGGGGACCGGGGCCGGGUCGGAGCCCGUGACGGGGUCCUGCGUGAGGGGGGCCGUGGAGGUUUCCCCUCCUGUUCGGGAGUGCAGUGCGGAGGGGGUGUGGGGUCCGCAACAGGGGGAGUGUGUGUGUGAACCAGGACAUCAACCAGUGACACACACCUGCCAAGCCUGUAGGAUGGGGUUCUACAAACCGGCCAAUCAGAGCGGAGGGUGUGUGUCGUGUCCACCAAACAGCAGAACCCACAGGGAGGCAUCAGAGAAGUGUGACUGCGUCCCCGGUUACAGCCGACUGCCAACUGAACCACAACACAUGGGCUGCACCAAGCCGCCCUCAGCUCCUGUCAAUCUAAUGGCUCAUCAUCAUAAUGACUCAGUUCUGGUUUUAACGUGGGACCCUCCUCACGACCGCGGAGGCCGACAGGAAGUGACAUACCAUGUCAAGUGUGAGAGGCAAAUGCAGCCCGGUGGUCAGUGGGAGGUGUGUGAGGAUGACGUGGUCUUCCUGUCAGACCUGGACCAGACAUCUGUCGGAGUCUCAGGAGUCAACCCACAACACGACUACAGACUGUCAGUACAAGCCGCCAAUGACGUGUCCACACUGCAGGGGGCGCCGGCUGCAUCCACCGCCACUGUGACAAUCCACAGAUGGAGGGUCGUCCCCCCCGUAGUGACGGUCCAACCUGUCAGUCAAACUGGAUCAGUGACACAGACCCCAGACUUCCACACCCCAGGACCAGAACACCCAGUGACACCUGCUGCUCAGCACCACAGUCAUUUCUUCAUGUGGGUGGUGGUCUGUGUUUUAUCUGGAGCUCUGGCUGCCAUAGCUGUAAUCCCCAUCGCCAUGUGUGCUGUUCGCCGAAACUCUACUAAGCUCAGGUCUGAACAGGAAAUGGAGCUUUUGCCGAUGAACCCUGGGGUUUCUUACAGACGUUCAGUAGACCUGGAGGUGUCACCUCAGCAGGGAUGCAGGGUGGGGGGUGUGGUGCAGUUGUUGGAGGGUCUCAGCGGCAGACUGGUGGACAGUUUAAAGGAUGUCCUGGUGGAGAGAAACCAGCUCACCCUGGGAAAGGAGCUGGGAAAAGGAGAGUUUGGCUCAGUCUAUGAAGGAGUUUUCACAUCAGACGGAGGCACUGAUCUCAAGGUUGCGGUGAAGACCAUGAGAGUUGGAUUCCACACCCAGGAGGACUUACAUGACUUUCUGAAAGAGGCUGAGAUCAUGAAGAACUUUGAUCAUGAUAAUGUGGUCAGAUUACUUGGAGUCACUUUAGACAGAGAAGAGGACUCUCAUCUUCCAGUUCCUCUGGUCAUCCUGCCCUUCAUGAAACAUGGAGACCUGCGCCGCUUCCUCAUUGCUACACGCUACGGUGAUAUUCCAAUGUUUGUUCCCUAUCAGAGUCUCCUGCGCUUUAUGAUUGACAUCGCUGAAGGGAUGGACUAUUUGAGUUCACAGGGUUUCCUGCACAGAGACUUGGCUGCUCGCAACUGCAUGUUGGGUGAUGACCUCAGGGUAUGUGUAGCAGACUUUGGUCUUUCUAAGAAAAUCUACAGCAGCAAUUAUUAUCGUCAGAAAGUAGCAAUCCGUGUUCCAAUCAAGUGGAUGGCCAUGGAGAGUCUGUCCGAGUCCAUCUACACCACCAAGAGCGACGUGUGGUCAUUUGGGGUCACCAUGUGGGAGAUCAUGUCCCGGGGGAGGACACCUUACCCCGGAGUCCACAACCAUGAGCUGCUGGACCUGCUGCUGUCUGGACACAGGCUCAAACCACCAGAGGACUGCGACCAAAAACUUUAUGAAGUUAUGUGGAGUUGCUGGGAUAAGGAUCCGACCCAGAGGCCUGGUUUCAGGGAUCUGGCUGAGACUCUUAAAGGUCUUCUGUCAGAGCUGCCGGUACUGGAGGCCUGCCAGGAGGCCAGUUACAUCAACCAGGGCCUGGAGGCUGCUGCAGCUGCCUAUCAGAGCCCACAGACAGACUCAGAGCGAAGAUGGGAAAAUGACUACCAACCCACUCCUGUGGGAGCUGCUGCUGCUGCUGCUGCUGCUGCUGCUGCUGCUGCUGCUGCUGCUGCUGCUGCUGCUGCUGCUGCUGCUGCGGCUGCUGCUGCCACACAUGAAGACAUGGAUGAGGAGGAUGGAUACCUGAAGUUUAUCACUGGCUCUGCAGUUUAGCAGGAUGCAUCAACGACAAGGACGGUGUUUUAAUGUAGAUGGAAAUGGACAUUAUGAUGAACUCUAAAAAGAGAAAACAAACAAACAAAUAAAUUAAUAAUAUGAGUAGAGAUGUGAUGAUAUGAAAAUUUCAUAUCACGGUUAUUGUGACCAAAAUUAUCACGGUUAUCAUUAUUAUCGUGGUAUUAU